CCCUCUCCUUCCCUUCCCCCUGCUCCGUCCCUCGGCUCCGAUGGCGGCGAGUGACACGGAAAGGGCCCAGCAGCAGAUUGAUGAAAUUGAAGCCCUUUCAUCGAUCUAUGGUGAUGAUUGGUGUGUUGUUGAUGAAGAUGAAAAAAUCUAUUGCAUUAAGAUUAGUGACUGUCUGGAUCAACCAAAAUGGACCCUCUGUUUGCAGGUGAUUUUGCCACCAGGAUAUCCAACUGCAGAGCCACCUAUUUAUCAACUAAAUGCCCCUUGGCUUCGAGGACAAGAUUAUACAGAACUAGCAAAUAGCUUGGAAGAAAUAUAUCUACAGAACCUUGGUGAAAGUAUACUGUAUUUAUGGGUGGAGAAGAUACGAGAAGUUCUGGUAGAAAAGGCACAGUCUUCAGAUCCAGAACCAGAUAUUAAGAAAACCACUGAAGAAGUUGAUGAAGAUGAUGGAGAUGAUUUUCUCCUGGACUAUCAGCCCACUCAGGAAGAUCAAACUAAAAUGUUAAAUUACAUGACAUCUGAAAGUCAGGAAGAUGAAGAACUGCCCCCCAUACAUCAUGGAAACCCAAUCACAGAUCGAAGGAGCACUUUCCAGGCACAUUUGGCUCCAGUGGUGACAACCAGACAAGUUAAAAGAGUUCUUGAAAAAUUAUAUGAGAACAAGAAAAUUGCAAGUGCUACCCACAACAUAUAUGCAUACAGAAUAUACUGUGAAGAUAAGCAGACGUUCCUACAGGAUUGUGAAGAUGAUGGAGAGACAGCAGCAGGUGGACGUCUUCUCCAUCUUAUGCAGAUUUUGAACGUGCACAAUGUGUUGGUUGUGGUGUCCCGCUGGUAUGGAGGUAUUCUCCUGGGACCAGAUCGUUUCAAGCAUAUAAACAACUGUGCAAGAAAUGUACUUGUAGAGCACGACUAUGUACCAUCAACGGAAGAAUCAUCUAGACAAGCUGGAAAGAGCAAAAAGAUAAGGAAGGACAACAAAAAGAAAACAGAACACUAAUUUAUUUUUUAAAAACUUUAAAAUGUUAUUUUGCACAUAUUUAUACAAAAAACCCUGGACCUUAUUGCUUUAUCUUAUAGAAUGGACAUGUUGUAUUCAGAAGAGAAUUCAGUAAAGCCAUAGAUAUAUUUUCACCUUGUUUUGUGAUUUCUUCUUCUGUUCUGAAGUAGAGCUUAGAUACAAAUUUUCUGUUUCUUACACAUGUGAGCUCCUUGUUACGAGGACAGUGCAGCAUCUGGAACCAUUGCUCCAUCCCACCCCUUCCCACCAAACAGCAGCUGACUAAUGGAAAAUGUGGAUUUCUCAUCAUCUCCAUUUCUGGAGUCAAAUAUAUGUCUUCUAUUAAUAAUUGAAUUCUGUAGUUUGUUGUACUGAGAGUGGGACUGGAGUAAUUCAUAUACCAGUUACUUACAGAGUUUUAGAUUCUCUUUUGUGAAAGGAAAGCAUGGGAUCAAGUGUGGUGUUUGCAGUGCCUGGUCCUGCCUGUGCAGUCCCUGAUCAGAUGCUAGAUAGGGGCUGCUUGGUGACACAUGGAAGGCUGAACAUGGGCAGUAAGCUAAGAAAUGUGAUGAAACUACUGCAGAAUU